AAUCUCAUGGGAUAAAACUAUGGCUUGGUUUACUGCAGCUAAGCUCUACUCUACUGGGUCGCCGCAUAGUAAUGUGCUAAAUUGGUUCAGUUUCGUGGAUGUAUACAGACCUGAAACCUGCCAUAUUGCUUUUUCUUCUUCUUCUGUCUGAUUUGGAAGAGUAACAAAGCGCUUUUGUUUUUGUGUCUGCUGUUUGGUUGUUUCAGCUGCAUUGAGAAAGUGAAUGAGCUCUUCUUUCUGCAGCAGUGGCUGUCUUUGUCCAUGUCUUCAGUCUUUAACCCACCACCCUCUCCAACAAAAGAUAUGUUUUACCCAUCAUAGCAGGUCAAUCACCUAUCUCCCCCCCCCCUCCAAACUACCUCGACAAUGAUACCCUCCAUCAAACUUCUUACAUCAUGGCUACUCUUGUGUGCCAUUGCACAAGCUCAAACGGUUAUGGUGACCGUGACAGAAGUCGCAACAGCAUCUCCAACAUCACCACACCCAGCUUCAUACACAUCACUUGAGAAAUUUGAGGAUACAGUCAUGUCAUGGAGCAACGACUAUCGCGACAAAUACAACGCAAGCCAUCUAGUAUGGAAUGAGACACUGACCGAGUACGCGAAGAAUUGGGCGGACAAAUGCCUAUGGCAACAUUCACACGGCCCAUACGGCGAGAACCUCGCAUUCGGAUAUCCCAAUGCCUCAGCUGCCGUCGUGGCCUGGGGCGACGAGGGUCUGCUAUACAACUUCGACAAACCGACGGGAUUCACAGAGGAAACGGGCCAUUUCACACAAUUGGUAUGGAAGGGGACAGCAGAAGUAGGCUGUGCGGCGGUGGAUUGCGGGUAUGAUGACACUGCGAAGACAGACAAUGGGGAGUAUACCAGGGCGCAGGGCUGGUAUGUGGUUUGCGAGUAUACGCCUGCUGGAAAUGUGGUCGGGGAUCAGGAUCAUUACUUUAAGAUGAAUGUGCAGCCGUCUAUAGUUGUCGAGGAGGGGCCAUCGACGACAACGACGAGGACGCAGGCUGCGUCCACUGCGUCCACUACUUCUACGACCUCUGCUUCCACUGCUACCAGUACGGCUGAUAGUGGAGCGAUGGGAAUACGUGGAAUGCUGGAGGGAGCUCAUGUUUGGAAGGUUUUGCCUGGGUUGAUGGUGGUUGCUCAUGUAUUAUAAUUUCAAUAUAACCUGGCUAGUGGCAUUCGGAU